ACCUUCGGGAACUGGGCCCCUGGGCCUCCCACAUGCGUUGGCUGGUCUGGAUCAUGGCCUCUGUCGGCACCGUCUAUGUCUUCUUCUUCCAUGAGCGGUGAGCCAGGGCUGGGGACUCAGGUACAAGCUUGUGGAGCUGCUGUGCUACGUCAUGAUGGGCUUUUUCCCCGCCCUGGUCAUCCUUUCUAUGGACACGGCCUUUUCCUCGCCCAUGAAGACUGGCCCACCAUGUUCUAUGGGACCCACUUCAUCAUGUCUCCGCCCACCAAGAGCAAGCUGAAGCGGCAGAGCCAGCUGCUGUCCAGCGUGCUGUCCCGGACGCUGAGCCACAAGUACCGCGACCUGGACACUACCUUUGCCAGCCUGGGUGCCAGCGAUGACCCCGCGGAGCUCUCCACCCAGCUCUCAGCCCCUGGGGUCCUGAAGGUGUUUGGGGACAGUGUCUGCACAGGCACCCACUACAAGAGCGUCCUGGCCACCGGCAUGUCCAGUGCCCAGGAGCUGGUGAAAGAGGCCCUGGAGCGCUACGCGCUGAGCCCCGAGUGUGCCAGCCAGUAUGUGCUGUGCGAUGUGGUGGGCCAUUCCAGUGAUCACGGGCAGCAGUGGCAGGCCGAGUGCUUUCGGGUGUUUGGGGACAAUGAGAAGCCCCUCUUGAUCCAGGAAUUAUGGAAACCCCGAGAAGGCUUGUCCCGAAGGUUUGAGCUGAGAAAGAAGUCGGACGUGGAAGAGCUGGCAGCCAAGGACGUGGACACUAUGACUGCAGGGAUAAACGCCCAAGCCCGGAGGCUGCAGCGGAGCCGCGCCAAGGGGACCCCAGCCCUGGCCUCAGGGGGCUCCCGGAGCCCCCCUCCAGCCCGGCUGCGCCGCACAGUCAGCGAGACCAGCCUGAGCCCUGCCGCUACCCUGCCUGCCACCCAGGGCCCUGAGGAGCUGGACCAGGACGCCAUGCGCUACUCCCUCUACGAGUCCCCCCACCUGCUGCUCCUGCAGGGCUACAGCCAGCAGCACGACAGCCUGGUGUAUGUGCUCAACCGGGAGCGGCACACGGUGGGCCAGAGGACGCCCUCCAGCAAGCCCAGCAUCAGCCUGUCGGCCCCUGACAUCCUGCCCCUGCACUGCACUCUCCGCCGGUGCCAGCCCUCGGGCCCAGAGCGGGCGGCUGGCCGGCUGGUCCUGGAGCCAAUCCCCGGGGCGCCCGUCGCAGUCAACUUCUCAGAGGUGGGGGGCCGGACGGUGGUGCUGCAUCACGGGGACCUGCUGUCCCUGGGCCUCUACUACCUGCUGCUGUUCAAGGACCCAGCGCAGGCCCAGCCCCUGCCCGCCCAGGCCCUGGCCCGCCUGCGGGCCGCGCCACACAGCUGCAGGCUGUGCGGGGCCCUGCUCCCGGCCGCCCGGGGCACCUCCACUUCCACGCCCACCGCCCUCCCCUCGCCGCGGCCACUGUACCUGGAGUUCGAGCCUGCUGUUGAGGACAUGCUGCUGCAGUGCAUCAUGACGCUGAUCGAGCCGGGUGGCGAUGACCACAAGCUGACCCCCGCCUUCCUCCUCUGCCUCUGUGUCCAGCACUCGGCCACCCGCCUGGAGCCGGGCUCAUUCGGGCAGCUCCUGCUCAAGAUCGCCAGGACAAUCCGCGACACAGUCUGGGAGAAAACCAAAGAACUGGCGGAGAAGCAGACGCACCUCCAGGAGCCCGUCUCCUCAGCCAGCGGUUCCCUGGCCGGCCUGGUGCCCGACCUGCAGCACCUUCUGUUCUGGAUGUCCAACUCCAUUGAGCUCCUGUACUUCAUCCAGCAGAAGUGCCCGCUGUACAUGCAGAGCUUGGAAGAGGAGCUGGAUGUCACAGGCUCGAAGGAGUCCCUGUUCUCCUGCGCGCUCUCAGCCAGCGAGGAGGCCAUGGCGGUGCUGGAGGAGGUCAUCCUGUACACGUUCCAGCAGUGCGUGUACUACGUCUCCAAGUCCCUGUACGUCUGCCUGCCGGCCCUGCUGGAAUGCCCCCCUUUCCAGACGGAGCGCCGGGACAGCUGGUGCUCGACCCCCCAGCUGCCCGAGGAGCUGCGCCGCGUGGUGUCUGUGUACCAGGCCGCCCUGGACCUGCUGCGGCAGUCCCAGGUGCACCCCGAGAUUGCCGCCCAGGUGCUGGCCUAUCUCUUCUUCUUCUCCAGCACUCUGCUCUUCAAUCAGCUACUGGACAAGGGCCCCUCCCUGAGUUGCUUCCACUGGCCCAGAGGCGUCCAGGCCUGUGCCCGCCUGCAGCAGCUCCUGGAGUGGACGCGGAGCGCCGGCUUUGGGGAGGCCGGGGAGCGCUUCUUCCGGAAGCUUUCCUGCACACUCAACCUGCUGGCCACUCCCCGUGCCCAGCUCAUCCAGAUGAGCUGGGCAAACCUGCGGACCGCCUUCCCUGCCCUGAGUCCCGCGCAGCUGCACCGGCUGCUGACUCAGUACCAGCUGGCCUCGGCCAUGGGCCCCAUGAGUGCCUGGGAUCCUGUCGCCCAGGAUCGCCCGGACGCCUUCAAGUCAGACGACGUCCUGGAGUCCUACGAGAACCCCCCACCCAUCGUUUUGCCAAGCGAGGGCUUCCAGGUGGACUUGGAGGCAGACGGCCUGGACGACAGCAUCUACCAGCACCUUCUCUACGUGCGCCACUUCCUGUGGGGCCUGCGGAGCAAGCCCAGCCCCAGCGGUGGGCCCCCCCAGCCCGAGGGCCUCGAGGCACCUGGCUCAAACCACCCCACCCCUGAGGGGCACCCCGAGGGCCAGAGCUGCCCUCUGGCUCCCAGGGACCCCAGCAGGGGAGUCCGUGAAGCUGGCCUGGCACACCAUCUACCUUCUGCCGGGGCUCCCCGGGCACAGGGCCCUCCAGGAAAGCAGCCAAGCCGCGGGAGCCGCGGGGGCCCCCAAGCCGGCCCUCUGCACACAGACUCUUCCUGCCUGCUCACGCCCCCCAGCACCCCCCUUGAGCCCACUGGCCCUGACUGGCCCGACCCUGGUGGGCCCUGUGGGAAAGCAUUCCUGGAAGGGAGGAGGAAUGGACCAAGUGGCUCCCGGGGGACGACUCCUGAAGGAGACGGUGUGGCCCCGGAGGACCAGCCCCCUCCAGCCCCCUCCAGCCAAAGCUCCAGCACUGACGACUUCUGCUACGUCUUCCUGGUGGAACUGGAACGCGGCCCCUCAGGGCUGGGAAUGGGCCUGAUUGAUGGGAUGCACACACCCCUGGGCACCCCCGGCCUCUACAUCCAGACCCUGCUCCCGGGCAGUCCCGCAGCGGCUGACGGCCGGCUGUCGCUGGGAGACCAAAUCCUGGAGGUGAACGGCAGCAGCCUGCUGGGUGUCAGCUACCUGAGAGCCGUGGACCUGAUCCGACACGGGGGAAGGAAGAUGCGGUUUCUCGUUGCCAAGUCCGACGUGGAAACAGCCAAGAAAGUCCGCUUCCGCUCGCCCCCGCCCUAGGUGGCCGGAAGGACGCGGGGCACCGAGCCCUGAGGUUCGCCAGGCCGCUCCCAUGUGGGUGUGUCACCUUCAGGACCCUGGCGCACCUCCCCCUGUGGAUAAUGUACAUCUUAGUGUAUAUUUUAUUUAUGACAGAUAACACUAAGUUGUGAUGUUUGUUACAGAGCUUUUAUGUUUGAAGAUUUUAAAGGAGACGUAUAGAUUCAAUAAACUAUCUUUCAUAUUCUUG